AUCUGCUCAAACAAACUAGCAACAGUUACAUGAACAACCUGUGUCCCGAAGACAAUCAUGCGAAGAAAAAACUUUUCUAAACCGUUUGUGGAACUUUCGGCGUCUGUCCACUAAUCGACAGAAUGAAAACAUUAUUGACGUUUCACCAUUGAUUGUGAAGACCGUGACGGUUUGCUAAUUUAACUGCUAUAAUGCUAGUAGCUUUAUAUGCUAGCGUCGAAUGAGUCCAGUGACAAUUUAACUGCUAACUUUACGGCACAGUUGUGAUCAUAAGAUGAAUUUCUCUGAGGUCUUCAAGCAAUCCAACCAACUUUGUAAAGUUUCCCCAGAUGGGAAAUAUUUGGCUACCUGUGUUCAGUACAGGCUGGUGGUGCGAGAUGUGAGCACCCUGCAGAUCCUGCAGCUCUAUACCUGCCUGGACCAGAUAUCCCACAUGGACUGGUCUUCUGACUCUCUCUUUAUUCUCUGUGCUAUGUAUAAGAGAGGACUGGUACAGGUGUGGUCUCUCGAAAAGUCAGACUGGCACUGUAAGAUUGAUGAGGGCUCAAUAGGACUAGUCUCCUCGCGCUGGAGUCCAGAUGGACGUCACAUUCUCAACACCACUGAGUUCCAUCUGAGAGUUACCGUCUGGUCCCUGUGCACAAAAGCCGUGUCUUACAUCAAGUAUCCAAAAGCAUGUCAGAAGGGUAUAGAUUUCAGCAGGGAUGGCUGCUAUAUGGCCUUGGCUGAACGCCGUGACUGCAAAGACUAUAUUAGUGUUUUUGUGUGUGAUGACUGGCAUUUACUCAGGCAUUUUGAGACUGAGACGCAGGACCUGGCUGGGUUGGAGUGGUCUCCCAAUGGCUGUGUGCUGGCAGUGUGGGACAGCUGUCUGGAGUACAAGGUAUUGCUGUAUUCUCUGGAUGGCCGAUUGCUGUCAAUUUACAGUGCCUAUGAAUGGUCUCUGGGUGUCAAGUCUGUGACCUGGAGCCCGAGCAGCCAGUUUCUGGCCAUCGGCAGCUAUGAUGAAAAAGUGCGCAUCCUCAAUCACAUCACGUGGAAGAAAAUCACACAGUUAGACCACCCUGCAACCAUCAACAGCACAAAAGCUAUUGUGUAUAAGGAAGUGGAAAGAAGACCAGCUGUUGGCAGCGACGACCUGUCUCUACACAACAUCACAAUUGGCACCACCCUCUUCAACACCCAGAGCAAAUAUGAGAUCUGCCCCCUGCCAGUCCAAAUUCCUGUGGUCAAACCAGACCCAGACCGAGCCAACCCCAAGAUUGGUGUCUCUAUCUUGGAAUUCAGCUCAGACAGUCGCUAUUUGGCUACCAAAAAUGACAACAUGGCCAGUGUUGUCUGGGUGUGGGACAUGCAGAAGAUGAGCCUGGAGGCUGUGCUGGAGCAGACUUCAUCUGUGCGCUGCUUUCAGUGGGACCCCCGACGCCCCCGGCUGGCACUGUGUACAGCCAACACAAAACUCUAUCUCUGGUCACCAGCAGGCUGUGUUUCUGUACAAGUCCCCACUGAAGGUGGUUUCCAGGUGCAGUCACUAAGCUGGCACUGCAGUGGCGACUCUCUGAUCCUUCUUGGAAAAGAGCAGCUGUGUUUGUGCUACAUGGACACUGACCAGGAGGACAACUAAAUAACUGGAACAACUGGAUCAAAAUUUAGGCUUGUGCACUUGGCCAGGAAUAUGUUAGGGUGAUGACCAAAAGACUGUGGGAACACUCCUCCUUUAAAUCUUACCUUUCACGAGUUGAACUGUAGUUGCUCAUCAAGCUUUUAAGGCACUCAGUGCAGGUUACUGAGAUGUUCCUUUCCUUCUCAAGUUAAAAUGUGUUGGAUAAAUAUCACUUCUUAAAUAAAUAAAUAUGUACUGAAGCACUAGUUCCAAACACUGUGAGAAAAUAGAUAUGACAAAUUUUAUAGAUUUCACUGUACUUUUAGUUUUACCUAUUUUGUAUGUGUAUUACCAUGAAAGUUGAUAAGUAUUUUGAAUAAAUUUUGGUAUAAACA